AAGGCUUUCUGUUACGCAAGCGACUGCCAUUUUUAAACGUUGUGCAUUUCACGGGAGGAAAAUAAUUGUGUUUGAUUCAUAGGGAUGACUGUCAUUGCUUUUCAAGUUUUCAUAUUGCAUUACACAGGUAUUGCCCGUAUGAUACUUAAAUAUGCCCAAAUGUCAUCAAAAGCAGUUUUGCAUGUGGAAGGACCGGAAGUAUAUGUUUCAAUCUCUAAAAAUGAAACAAAAAUUUAGAGACAAUAUUUGGUUAUUUGCAAUUUAAAUGAAUUGAACUAAGGUUUUUUUUACUUUUUAUUACUUUUGGAAUUCAAGUUGUUUAUCAAUUUCACCUUUGCUGUUCUCUAAACAGUCCUGACAAUGACAGAAUUGUCAAGAAAAAAUAAAAUUGAGGUACCACAUGGGGAAAAUCUUAAAAAGGUAGUCUCGUCAUUAAAAUGUGUGAAAUUAUAUAUUGAUAAUUUUUACUAUGAGAUUAUCAAACAUAAUUUUCACAGAUAACUCAGUAAUCCACUGAAAAGCAUAAAAUAAAAGCUUGUAAUAAUGAAUACUGCAGUAUAUUUACAGAUUAAUUUCAUAAUAGUUGUGGUGGUAUUAAAUAUAAUGUUCAACACAAUACAGAUGGCGAGGAAGACAAGUGCUACUCGAGUUAAGGCUGGAGUAAGAGGUUUCAUAGUUUUGUUACCUGUUAUGGGACUCACGUGGAUAUUUGGAAUCGUCGCAUUUGACUCGAACAUGGUUGUCUUUCACUACCUGUUCUCAAUACUGAAUAGUUUACAAGGCUUCUUCAUAUUUAUUCUUCACUGUGUGAUGAAUGAAAAGAUUCGCCAAGCUGUUGAGAGGUUGAGACCUCAGUGUAUUCGAUCUACAGUAUCUGAAACCAAAACAACUGGAGCUUCUAAUAGUCAAAAGAGUCGUUCAAAAUGAAAAGUACUCAUCAAUUUUGAUAAGAUUACUCGGAUUAAAUUCAAUUAUGGGGCAGUCGGGGACAUUCUUGUUCAAAAUUGAAAUAACAAUUUUUGCUACAGAUAUACAUGUAUAGCUUCAUACAAUUAAUUGAAACAAAAAUCGGUGUAAAAUAUAUGGAUAAAUCAUGUACUCAUCUAACAUUCUGUAAUUUCAGGCGAAUAAUGAAUGAGUGACAUUGAAUAAAACAAUAUUGUAUUGUUUGGAGGACAUAUGGACUGGAAGAGGUCAACAAUAAUCGCUUUGAAAGCUGGCAUAGAUUUAAAUUAUAAAAUAGUAUCAAAUUUAUGUGAAAUGGACAAAUUGAAGUGUUUUACUAUGAACUGAAUGAAUUUAACAUUGAAUAUUUCCUCUUUUUAGCUUCAUUUGUGAUAUAUGUUUACAAUAAAUGUUGUAAAGGAACUAAAUAUAUCUAUUGUAGAAUAAUUUCAAAUAUAACACUUGAAAAGAAAUUGUCAAUUAAAAAAUGGCUCAGCCUCCAACGUGUUUAACUCUAAAAUAUAUUUGCUGAUUAUACAAGCCCAUAUAAAAGCUAUAUUGUUAGCAAUUCAUAUAAAGACAAUCUUGAUUAAAGUCCUUAAAGGAUAUAUUGAUAAAAAUCCUUAUAUAGGCAAUAUUGAUAAAAACAAUAUCAAGGCCAUAUUGAUGUAAGUACCUAAAAGGCCAUAUUGAUAACAUUCAAUAUAAAAACUAUAUUGAUUUUAGUCCUUAUAAAGGCAAAUUGAAUAUCGGAAACAGAACAUAUAAAGACUAUAUUGAUAAAAUCAAUACAAAGGCGGCUAUAUUGAUAAAAGCCCAUCUGAAGGCUAUAUCGAUACAGUCCAUAUUAAGGAUAUAUAUGUACGAAAGUCUUAUAAAGGCCAUAUUUAUGUUGUGUACGUUUUCAUUAUGUCUAAGGUGUUUAUUAUAUAAUUGUCACUAGUGUUCAAGUGUUUGUUUUAUGAAAUAAUUUAUCCAGUGAUUGAUAGUAUUGUUCUGUUAAUGAUUAUGUUGCAUCUAUUUUAAUAAUUAUCACAUGACUAUGAAUUAUCAUACGUUGCGAGGGACGCAGUCACGUGCCAGUCUAGAAACGGUUUCAUAACUUAAUUCGACCGUUUAUAAUGAUAAAGAAAUCGGGUCUUUUUAAAUUGAAUUUGUCACAUAAACAAACAGCAAACAAGUAAUGAUGGAGACUUUUUGUAACAGAUAUAUAGAAAUCGCCUGUAUUUGCCGUCGAUGUAUUUAGGGUUUACGAGGAAAAAAAUAUAAUUCAACUUUGAAUAAAAGUUUACCAUUGUCAUAUAAUAAAACAAAAUAGUUCUGUGAAUAACAAAUCAUAUUGCCCUGGCAAUCUAAGAGGUUCCCAAUUGACAACGUAAAAAAUUUUGGUAUCAAUUUCAAAAAUUACAUUACUUUUAUUAACAGAUGCCGAAAUCACACAAUCCAGGUCAUUAUAGUUCGAUGUGCGCUUUGUCAUCAUACAAUAACUGUAAACUUACUUGUUACAACUUGAAGCUGUAAGUUCGUUUAAAAAAUAAACGUUUUCUCUCCUUUAACUGUGCCUCAGGCGUUCAUGUUCAUGCAAAGCCAAUAUUGUAAUAUAUUAAUCAUUCAAAAUACGUUAAAUGUUGUUUGAUGUUUUAUUCAUACACAAACAUAAUAUUUGUAGUGAUUAUUUGUUUGUAAUGUUUAUUGACUGUACUUAAUGAUAUGUAGCUAGUAUAUUAGGUAUUUUCUUUUCUCCUUUCGCUCAGACAUUGAAAAUUAUCAUGUAUGACUGUACAUAUUUUUUGUUUAAUAUGUUGGUUUAACAUUUUCGGAAAAUAAAAUUUGCC